GUUGCUGGAAUUAGUCAAGUAGUUGAGCUGCAUUGAGACACUUGUGCUUCGCUUCGUUAGCAUGAAGAGCGACGAGAUUAUUGAGAAAAUACGCAACAGGCUAAAGGAUGCUGAUCCCGACAAGCGCACUGUGAUGAGCACGUUUCAGUUUAAUUUCACAGAUGCUGAUGGCAAACUUAUCAAGAGCAUGGUCUUUGACUUCAAAGCUUUGGACAUUUACGAAGGUCAGACAGCCAAUGCUGAUGGACGUAUUACUAUAGCCGAUGAGGAUUUUUAUUUAAUUGGCACCAAGCAGACUUCCUUUGAUCAAGUUGUGGCCGAGCAAAAGGCUCAAAUCGAUGGAGAUUCGGAUGCUAUAAACAGCAUGAUGGCAAAGUUUCGUUUGAAUUCGCCAAACUAAUCAAAUGUGUAUUGCUUUUAACCCUCAAUAAAUUGCUUUAAUAGAUUUUAA